AAAGUAGAAAGACAGAAAAUUAGCUGAAUGUGUGAGUAUUGCAGUGAGGCGUGAGCUCCAGGAAAAUGGGACCAUAACGCUGAUGUAUUCAUUCAGCAAUAACUUUGAUGAAUUGGUCAUUCAGUAAAGAUCCAAUCCAGCUGAAAUGAGGAAUAAAUGAUGAUCAGGCAAGAUUUUCCAUAAUGGAAAUGGUUACUGCAAAUCAUGUUGGAGAGGCGCUCUCCCUCUUGUAUUGUUGCCAAUUUAAAUCUCCCUCUCACGGCGAUGCAACUUCCGUUUUCAGCACCAUGUACAGCGCCGUCACUCUCAUUUUUUCACCGAGAGCUUAUACGGCAGCUUGAGGCGGGGAGGUAAACUUUUGGCAAUACCGGGAGUGCAGGUUUAUAGCCGUGUAUACCAGAGUGUUUGCGCGUCUGUAAGCCCGAUGUUCAGCCCAGUCCGACGCAGCGAGAAAUAAGUGCGGCCACGCAGAAGAAGAAGAAGAAGAGACGGAGGGGAGAGGCACCGAGGGAAGAUAGAGGCUCCCGAUAUGAAAUGAAUAUGCACAGAGACGAGUCCGCGAAACAGAUCGGUCGCUUUUUCAUACUGGGUUACUGAGGGGGGUGAAAUCAUAAUAAACGAUAAGGAAAGAGAGAAACGCACGAGAGAGAUCCAGGAGGAAAGGACUGCUGCGCGCGGGGGGACGCAAAGGGACUCGAUCUGCAUGUGAGACCGCUGGUCCACCAACACCGGAGGCAAGACAUGCAGCCUGCGAGCAAGCUCCUGACUCUGAUUCUCCUCAUCUUCAUGGGCACAGAACUCACCCAAGUAGGUUACCCAUUUAACGCCAUUUUCCACUUCUUCCUUCAGAUCCCAGAGAUUACCGGGUUACCACUCGUUAAAAAAAAGCCCCUCUGAAUUAGCCCUUCUUAGACAGAUUAACGGGUGUGAUUACAUGAUGUGAAUACAUUGUGCUUAACAGGCAGGGAGCCCCAGAUUCAAAGGGGGAUGCAUUGCUCGAUCUGUCAAUUUCCUCAUUAGCAAAUAGGCACAUUAAUCUGCUGCACGGUUAUUCCAACACAAAGCUGCCUCUACUUCAGUCCGUCAAAAGGAGCCAUUGUUUUUAAAUCAAAGCACCUCAAUCAAACGCAGUGUCUCCUUGAAGGUGUUUUGGGCAUGCUCAGUGACCACGGUGUGUGUGACAGACUGUUGACCGUGUGUGUGAGAGAAGAAGAAGAAAAAGAACAUUUAGUCCAGCAAUGCAAAGCUACUCAACCCAGCAUUAAACAACUGUGAUUUCUUGCUGGGACUUGAAAUUACUUCCUGCUUUCUGCGAGGCAAUUUGCAGCAAUACAUAAUAGUUGCAUUAAACUGUUGCCAUUAUAAAUCCUCAAGGUUGGGAGUGAGAAAAGAGAGAGUGUGAGAGAGAGAGAGAGUGUGUGUGAAGGAGGGGUUUGUUUAUUGCCAGGCCUUGCCAAGUCUAGAUUGAAGAAUCUGAUGAUUUAAUUGCCUUUGCUUGAGUCAUAUUUCAUGUUCUUCACUCUUGUGUGAAUCCAAUUGUGGUCGGUAAUUGGAGGCGCAAAGAAAAAACAAAAAUCAAACAUGCCACUGAGGUUUCAUCAAUAGAUUAAUCUGUGUUCUUUGCGUUUCAGUAAUAUACUCCUCUGCAAGUGACAAACUCAAUAAUACGUGUUGGAAAGUAGGUUGGUGCAAACCGGGCUGGCCUUGAUAACCCAUGUGUUGGAGCAAUAUUGAUGUAAUAUUGCUUUGGUGGAAAUAUGCCGGCAAUUGAUUUCCUGCAAAUUUAUGAGGAAUGUCAGAGAAGCUGGAACGGGACAUUGUUUAUGCAUGGCGCAACAGCUUGGCUUUUGACGCUCAUGUGUGUAGAGUAAUUUGUAAUUAAAUCAAAGCUGUGAUCCUCUUUUUACUGAAGCAUCAAAAUGUGUAGCCAAUAAUCUGAACUCCACUCUCACAGUGCAGCUGCAGAGUGCACAAAGAUGCUGACACAAUCGAACAAUGGGGCUGUUUGCACUGAUUGAUGGAAGCCAUCAGUCAGGAGGAAGGGAGAGCGGAGGAGGGAAGAGAGCGUGUUUCACUUUGGGUUUCAUGACAGUCGGACUCUGCGUGGCGCAGGUCAGGGCCCGUAUUUCAGUGACAGUGCUCGUCUGAUGGACUGAGAGUGGUGUGACAUCUGUUUGAAGGUAAGUCGAUAUUAGUCUGCUCUCUUCCAGGAGAACAGAAACACAAGAGACACUGACAGGCUCUAUUUAUACCGCCCUGGCUAUAGAAACCAAGAGCACCACCAGGCCUCCACACAUCUCUGUUUGAACAUAGAUAUAAAAAGUGAGAGGUGUAUCUAGAAAUAGAGAGCCUUAUCAUUGCCAAAUAAGUCAUGAGCAGGGGUGGGAAUAAAAACAACUGUAUAUCUCAGUAUCACAAUAUUCUGUCAGGCGGUGUUAUAUCAAAAAUAUGUGCCAAGUACCUGUACCUCUGAUGAUAUAUUUUGAACCUUUUAUUCCACACUACCUGUAAUAGUUCAGCAGCAUCUAAACUUUACUUUUAAAACUUUUUCAUAACAUAAAAAAGGCACCCACAAGUGUUUUCGGUCGGCCUCACUUUUGGUAGAUGGAACUGAAUACACAGCCCUCCACUUGAUAUGUUAUCACAAUACUGUCCAUUAUUGUAAUGUCCUUGAAAGGAUGGAGAACGGUGCGCCAUGUGUGAUAUUUUUCAGCAUUGUUCAGGUAAUUUGGGAGAGGAAAUGUCACCAACUGCUUUUCAUUUUACUAAAUAUUCUCAUGCAUCUCAUUGGUAAAGUCGGCAGAGCUUGUUUAUUAUUUGAUUUUAAUAGUAAACUAUAUCCACUGAUAUAAAAUUAUAGGUGCCAUUAUUAAAGCUCCUGUGAUGAACUUGUAGAUAAAGUUGUAACUCUCGUAUCAUUGCUGAUUUCUUUGUGAAAGUGGUGUCAAUUGACAAAAAUAUAUUAGCUGUGGGGAAAGUGAUUCAGCCUGUUUGCUACCACCUCUCAGCAAUACCAUGCAUUAAAAAUUGCAAGAUAGAAUUUGUCAAUCUUGUCAACAAUGGUCUAAUUUGCUGUUAUCUAUCAUAGCAAUGCUACACUAUUCAUUUCAGUCUCUUCCAUGACCUAUCAGAAACUCCUCACAGGAGCUUUAAGUACCUGUGAUAGUUGUUUAGUCAUAAUAUUGACUGAAAUCAGGCAAUGAUCAAAUCAAAUCAAAUCAAAUUUUAUUUAUAUAGCGCCAAUUCACAACAGUCGUCAUCUCAAGACGCUUUUCAAGGAACAAGAGCAGGUCUAAACCACGCUCAUUGUUUGAUGAUCAAGAACCAACCUAAGAUGGGUUUUUGGCCCAUCUCAACUAACAUGAGUUACAGUGGCAAGGAAAAACUUCCUUUUAACAGGCAGAAACCUUGGUGAUGAUGUUUUAACAUUGAGGUAAAAAAUGGCCACUGCAGCUGUAAUAAAUCCCAAUACUGUAUGUAAUUGCAAUUAUCAGAAUACGACAAAAUAAUUACAAAAUGUGCAAUAUUGAAUCAACACAAAACAGCUAGGUAUUGAUCUUCUGUGACCAUUUGAUCACAAAUUAAUCAUUUUGAAGCAAAAAGAGCCAACAUGCUAAAUUCAGCUAAACAACAUAAUGAAAGUUCUUGCAAUACUUGACUAUAUUAAAAAUUCUUAAAAUGGCAAAAAUAUCAAACUGUAAUAAACGUAUCUAACUGUAUUGUAUUAUGACAAUUUAAAGCUCCAGUGAAGAACUUUUGAUUUGUGUCACAUUAGGCAUUUCCUGUGGACAAAUCAGUCUCAGCUUAUGUCUUCUAAUACCAGAGUAGUGUCUUCUGACAAAAAAAUCUGUUCCCGCUGACAGUUUCCAGUCAAAUCUAUCACUUUUGUGAAUACUUAAUGUUGAAAAAAUGUAUAAAAACAGCUUUGUCUUGACACCUACCCCCUUACAUUGAUUUUAAGCAUUAAAAAUACAGUACAAAAGUUGUAGAUCUUACAGAUGCUGGUCUUGUUUGCGAUUGAUAUGAAUUUCAGUGUAUUUUGUACAGGUUAAAAAAGAGCUUCUCACAGGAGCUUUAACAAGAAUCAGAUAUGUCUGUCAAGGCGAUUGAUAAAAACAGACAUGCCACAGGUGGAAUGAAACACCUGCUGAAAGUCAGGGAAACAAAAUAAUAUUGUGUGGCAGUGUUUCAGGGGACAUUUUUGUCUUUGUUGAUAGGACAGGCGAGACAGAAAACAUGUAGCAAAGAUUAAAAGUUGCACUAGUGACUGCUGUCAAGAGAACUAUACCCUUUGUCUAUAUUGUGCACAUGCUUAUACCACUAAGCGCAAUAUUUUACAAGGCAACAUUGUAAAGCAUUAUUUUGUGCACAGUUUAGCCACCUACAAAUGUUGAGUAGUCCCCAUUGUCAUCUAAGUAGAAACUUCGAUGACAUUUUAUUUUGUAGAAAUUUGACUGAGUUCGUUAUUAUCAUAAAUAGCUGUUUACCAUGAGGGCUAUAUUUACAGUGAAAAAAAUACAGAUAAAUCGCAGCAUGUGUAAUGUUGUUACACAGUAAAUUGUGAAAUGUUAGAACAUGAACGACUCACACAGUGACUAACAUAAUGUAAUAUCCCCUCAAUUUCAGCUUUGAAAGUUAUUACAGUACCGUAUGUAGAUAUGACAUAGUAGCAUGAUAUAUACUGGAAUAGCAACAUAGGAAAUCAUGGCUGAAGCAAAGUGAAAUAAGGUUCGGUAUGGUCACUUAAGUGUUAAGUUAAACUGUAUCAUAAUAUUGUCUUAAUAGCUGCUUUGAUUGAUACUGCAAUACCGUGUCGUGAUAUGACACAUUGUCACGAUAAAUAUUGUGAUAGGAAUACAGGAAAUUAUGGCUAAAUUAACAUGAAACCAUGGUACCAUUUCAUCACCAAAGUAGUAUGUAAACCUAAAUCAUGACAUCACUUAAAUAACUACUUCGGAAGUUAUUAAGGACCAUAUUGUGAUAUGACACAUUAAUUGUAAGCAAAUAUAAAAUAUGGUGCAAUACUGUCACUUAAGUAUUACAUAAAUGUGUUUUAAUAUCACUUUAACGAGCACUUUCAUUGAUAUUGCAAUAUUAUAUCAUGACAUGACAUUAUCGUGAUAUACAUUGUGACAAUAACACAGAGAAUCAUGACGAAAGCAAAGUGAAAGGUUGUUAUAAUAACAUCACAAAUAUAUGCUUAACCCUAUUAUUGUGAAAUCAUAUCAUAUGAUGACCUGAGUUUUGUGAUGUGUUGUAUACUGUCUAAAGUAUUGUGAUAAUAUUGUAUCAUAUGGCAUGGUGUGUUUUUAUGUUAAUAUUAGGAACUUUGGUAUUGUGAUGGUGUCAUAAAAUGAUAAAAUUGCUCUGCCUAGCAUAAUUGAUGAACUAUUGUGAUAAUAUCAUGAUAUCACACAGUAUCACAUAAGGAGAAAUUGUAUGAUAUGGUUGCGGGGGAAGAAUAAACAGCAUUAUAUUCCACAAUUUUUUUCUUGACUUCUGGCAUGCUAUGCCAUGGUAUCUAGACAGAAAUAUAGUGAUUUUGUUGCAUUGAGGGGCCAACAGGGAUAUAAUCCAUCAACAAGUCAAGCCUUGACCUUCGAUCCUGAACAAUAGCUGCUCUCUUGACGCCCACAUCUACAAUUUCACUUCAGAAGUCUCACCCGAUUUGAGACACAGCAGGGCAGCUGUGUGUCCUUUCUUAACAUCUGGCCGCGGGAGCUGGGAGACGCCUGAUUAGUAGUUCACUCUCUUCCUGCAUUUAUUCACCUCUAUCCCCUCUGCCGAAGGAUUUGGCUGCUGCCUGGUGUUCACACAGAGAAGAAUAGUAAGCAGCCAGAGCAACGGCAUCUGUUCCUCACCUAGCGGCUCCCCCCUCGGCUUCAGGCCCUCAUCCUAAAGCAUCUCACAGACACCUGACUGAACAGAUGGCGCUGCCAUAGCCUCCCCCUUUGACACCAUGCAACCUACAUUCCAUCCUACUAACAACCAUCAUGACACACCUGCACAUGUACAGGAUUUACGUGCAUGUAUAAAGAGGGAUGUUCCUGUCAGGUUUUUAAAGCUUCAGCUAUAAGAGCUCCAGCAGGGGAAUAUUUUUAACAGUUAGUUUUUUAUGUAAGAAUUUCAGUCCGGUUUUAUGUUAGAAAGUGAGACGGAGUUGAGCUGAAUUGCAAUAUGCGUGGUGUGAUUGGCAGCUGAGGUUGAAGCUAUUUAUUAUUCAGUAUGGCUGGUUGAGUGAGGAAGCAGAGAGAGAGAGAGAAAGAAAGAAGGCGAGCAGAAGAGGAGUAGGCGGAGACACGGUGCAUUUUGUAGUUCACUUGCAGGGUGGAAAUGGGAUUUUUCACCACUUUGUGACCAUUUAUUACAUCGAAUAUUGAGUUUGUCAGGGUGCUUCUCCUACACUCUAUAAGGGCAAUUUCAACACCUGUUGGCUUUAAUGUUAAAGAGCACAACAGCGAGUCUGAAAUACGGCGUAUAUAAAGCUUUAAUGUGCCAGUUUGAAAAGUUUAUUGGUCAUUCGGAGACUGCUAUUUCUUGGUUAAUUUCUUUUAUUUUGUUAAGAGGCUGCUUUUUUCCCUCCAGACACAUUUACACUUUUCACCUUUACUAAGUUUUUUUUUUUUCUCUUUUCUUGUAAAUGGAAAAUAACUUUGAAACAGCACAACACUCUGACACUUCCUCAAACUGGAUCAGACCUUUCUUAGAUGAGCUCAUUUAUCUACUGUUGGUCUGCUUUCAUUGUUAUUUUAGACUCUUAAUUGUGUAAACAGAUAGAUCAACCCAUCCAUAACAGGUUUAGCAGUUAAAGCCACAGUGAGUAAUAGAUUUAUGUGUGACUCAGUGAAAAGAAAUUGAUGCAGUGUUUUGGAAACUUCCCAACAUUUGCUAGUUGUAACUAUUAUCUUAACUGGACACCAUGAUUUCAUACUCCUUUCAUUGAAGGAUGUGAAACCAGAAGACCAGCUCAAUGGGUACUAACGUAUUAUGUUGGUGCGGAAGCAAUCUGAUUGGUGUAGCUGCAGGACUGAUGCCACAGCCUUUCUGUGCAUUCAGGCGCAGCUGUGGAAAGUUCCUCAACUCGAAAGUUGUUUUGUGAAUGUUUCCUCUGCUGCUGCAAACACUCACAUUUGUCAACAGUGUUUGUCAGUCAGUCAUCCUUUUUAUUAACGCUCCUGUGAGGAGUACUGGGAUUGUUUGAAAAAGGCAGUUUAAGUGGUGUUGGAAAUAAUUAUUAGUCACAGCUUUAAAUGUUGCACUCCUGCAAGAUAGUGACUUUUAUUAAAAUGCAAAGAUCACUUCCUGGUGAUUUUUCACAAUUGCACUUGUUGCUUUUUAUCAGUGCACCUGAAGCAUUUCUCCUACUUUUGUUAGAUACUGAGGAUUCUAAAUUAAAGGUAUGACAGAUACUACUCUGGGUCAUUUUGUGAAUUAUAGCCAGGCCCGUGAGUUUUUGGGAUACCCGAGGUUUUCAGUGAGAGUCUGUCAUUAGUGCCUGUUGUGCUGCCCUGAAAUGAGACCAGACUGGACCAGACUCUGUGCAGCAGCAGAGCUCAACAGUGGGCCAACCCCCCACGGUCGAUACUUCACAGCAAUCUGUGGAGCCAUCGGCCCUCUGAGCUCUCACCUCAAAGGUCAUAAACAAGCGGGAAAGAUAAGAGAGACACCAAAGAGACAGGGGAAAGAGGGGGGAGGGAGAGGGUGAAAUAUGGAUGUGCAGUGAGUGCAAACUUCACUCACUCUACUAGAGAAGUGCAUUAUGGUGCUGACGGAAAUAGCUGUGGACACAGAGCCUCUGUCUGCUAUUCUGGGGACCUCAUGUAUCAUGCAAUGCUGCAGUUUAGCCCAUAGGCUGCAGCAUUAGCUUAUAAGUCUGCUGAUGACUGGGGACAAGUUUCUGAUUUAAAACCUCAUUUUUAACCUUCAAACACUGAUUUCUUCACUCAGCUUGCACUUUUCUAUAUUUUUCAGUGACGCAACCUUGAAAUUCUAUAGACUACUUUUGGCUGUGAAAUAAAAACCCAGAAAAAGAACAAAAAUCAGACAUUUGGUGGGUGGCAAAGUUAGCAAAAGGGGAUGAUUGGCUCUGAUUUCAGUUUUGAUGUGCAAUGAACAUCUUUUACUUUAUUUUAUCUGUAAAUGGUUACAAACACACCUUGCCCUUCAAAAUAAAGGUCUGGUUUAUGCUGAUUUAUAACAUAUAUCUUCAAUUAACUCCAUUCUAAUUUGAACUCGUUAUAAAAACAAAUAAAAAGUUCAAUAAGGGUAAACAAAUGUGCAAGAAACUCUAAAAAAACAAACUUGUAGACUUACAUUUUGUUUCAAGAGAAGUAGGUCAUCAAGACAAUAAAAACUAAGUGUACACAAAUAAGUACACAAAGAAAAGUCAUCAAAAUUAUAUAUCACAACAGUAAUUUUUAGAAAAAAUAGUAAAAUCUGUACGAUAUCUAUCAAAAGCAAAGUCAAGAUGCAAGAAACUUUGCACAGUAUCAGUGCACUCAUUGUAGUAUUGCUAAAAACCCUUUAGAUAAAAUACCUAAAAAAAAUACAUGAUUUUAUCUGUAGCAGCAGUUCCCAAACUUCACCAUCUGCAACCUUAAAAAUAACAGUGCAAGACACUGGUGACCUUCACUGAUCUUUGAGAUGAUUAACUGCUCUUCACUGCUGCACCAGGCACAAAUAGUCCAAAACAAAACCCAACUUUAGAGCAACACAGCAGCUGAAACAGAAUAUAAGUAAUCAUAAUGAUUAGACUGUUGCAGUCAUGGCACAUUGUAAGCAAAAACAGAGUGAGUCCACAUGUGUGUGUGAGUUUUAUAGUGGCUUUAACUCUGAAAUAUUGAAUUUGGACAGUGAUGAAAAAUUGCCAGUCUUUGUUUGUGUAUGUUCCUGCUCUUAACUAACCUGCUGCAACUGAUACUCUCAUUAGUGUAACAUCCACAGGCAGAAAAGUAAUGACACUUUACAUUUGGGUGGUUUCAUUUAAAGUUUGACUGCUUUUUUUUGCUGAUACGUUUAUAUAAUGAUGGAUAAACUCAUUUCAAGACCUCAAUGACACUGGGACCUGGCCUAAUACAAAAACUAUCACAGAGCUAUCAACACACCGAGGCUACAAACUAGAUAUACAGAAAAUGCAUGUGAGCAACUUCUAAUAUUUAAUAAUGUUGUACAGGCCUACAUAAACAGCCCACAUACAGUAGCACAUUCAAUCCAUUACUCUUUAGAUAAAUUAAAUUAAUGAAUGAAGAUGAAAGCUGAUAAAAAAGACUCUUUACACUGAGUAGAUAUUAUUAGGGAAAACAAAAAGCAACUAAAGGUAUGUUAUAAAACAAAAUUUAGCCCAGGAAAAAGCUACAUACCAUAGUCAUUUUAGAUAAAGGUACAAGACUAAAUGAAGGAUAUCCUGGCAUUUUUUGCAUUUAAAACUGUAUUUAUGUAAUGUAAGGUCGUUUAAAUUAAGAGUUUCGAUUAAUUAUGUUCAUUUUUUGCUCUAUAAAAACGUAUUUUGUCGUUUUAUUGCUUCUUUUUGUGUUAGCUGACUGUUUGAUGCUAGCAACGCCACAAUCGGCUACAAGAUGGCGCCAGAGUCUCACGAAUUAAAAGCCCGCGCUCAGCCCGGAGCCGGAGGAGGUAUCCGGAAACCCAUCAAUAAAACAUUUUCUGAGUCCUUGCUGCCGCUGAACUGCGACAUAGUGAAUAAAUGAGGGUUCACUCUUAACAUGUGAGUUGUGCAGUCGUGUAUUGCAGUGUUUUUGUGGUUGAAACAAAGGCCAGUCGUGACAUGAAAGAGGUUGCUGCUCUUUCAGGAGGGUGUUGGGGAGAGAAAUGUCACUGUCUGCUGUAACUAAUCCCUCAGCGCCAGGUGUGGGACCACCUGGGUCAGCCGAACUGCUCAUGGUCUUUCUCCCUGGGGACAAGCAGCGGGGCGUCGGGCGGUUAUAUGAGCGUUUCAGGCGCAAUCCCACAUAUCACCAGAAGCGGACCCCAACCUGGCUGACAUCAUUGCGUCUGGUGAUAUAGAUAGAUCCGUAGUACCUCCUCCUUCCUCCUCUCAUCCUCUUGGAGCAGCAGCCUGUGUGUGGAGUCAGUGGCACUUAAUCACAGAGCGCACAGAGGCAGGAGGCGGACCGACGGGCGUGAACCAAAUAGUAACUGUGAAGCGGAGAGGCAGCAGUGUGCGGGACAACGCAGUCAGAGGAGCUUAUCCAGAGGACGUUCCUGCCGAACCUUGAAAUUUCACUCCUUCUUUUCCAAACUGGAGCAAGUGUUGCAGUUUCCCCACCACCACGACCCUCUUGUUUUCGGUCGUCUCUCUCCACGUCGCGUCCGUCGCAACUGCUCUCUUGGAGAUGUCCAAAAAAAGACCAGCCGAGCCGGAGUCCCGGGUGAAACAGCAAGCUGCUCUGGGCUGCACCAUGCCUCGCCUCCCUUGUUUCUCACCGGAGUCUGUAGAAUGAAGACGGCUUGAAAAAAAUUAAGAAAAGAAAGUCCGAGCAGUCCCAAGCGAAGCAAAGAUGUCGGUGCCUUUGCUGAAGAUCGGCGUCGUGCUCAGCACCAUGGCGAUGAUUACCAACUGGAUGUCGCAGACCCUCCCCUCUCUAGUGGGGCUCAAUACUACCAAGCUGACGGCGGCGCAGGGAGGGUAUCCAGACCGGAGUACAGGAGUAAGUGCGCGCGUAUUUCCUGCACCUGUUUGCCUUUUUUUCCUGAUUGAAUUCUGCUCUUGAAUUACGCAAAAGACAGGCACCGUGUGUGCGCCUUUGGUGCGUAAUUACCAGAAGAAAUUGAGAGCAAAAGUGCUUGGAGAGACAUCUUCCAUCUGCGAUUGAUGUUGCUCCAGCUGCCACUGCGCUGCUCUUUCUGUGUGAGCCCCCUCCUUCACAGAAAGUUAUCACUUGUUUUCCCCCUCUCCUUGUGGAAGGUGGCAUCUCUCAUUUCAAUCUAAUCAAAUUUUUCGCAGUCCUCUCAUGAGUAUAUGUGAAUGAGAGAAGCGCUUCCAGCUAAGAGUCAAGAUAAAGCCUUUCUUUGUUUCUCUGGCACAUCCUGAGCCGCUCCUGUGCCAGGGUAACAUGAGCAAUCUGUCAAGUGGAUGUUUAAAAGAAGGAAAUGUAUAGUUAAGCAAGAAGAUUUGCUCUUUUGUGUCAUUGUUUUGCGAGGAGAUCUAGGUUUUAUUUCUGCAUAUUUAUCAGCAUCCGCUGUGAUGGCACUGAUUGACCAGCACAGAGGAAAUCUGAGCUGUCCUGGCAGGUGCUUGAUAGUGAUUUUCUCUGUCCUGUCAGCACAUCCUGGAUUGGAAAGCAGUGCAGCUGACUGACAGCUGCUGCGAUCGCUCUUUAUUUUUUUUUUUUGCAUUUGGUGAAGUCACUCCUCCCUUUCUGAAUAAAUCAGCAUUUAGAUUUAACGCUGAUGCAGCCCCGGAGACCUUUUUGGAUUUGGAGUUGUCUUCCCCACUGGGAAAAAGAAAAAAAUCCUCUUGUUCUGACGUCAUGCACUCCCCAGUUUUACUCUCUGAGCUUUCACACACAGCUCAUUGAAUAAUGGGAGUAGCCUCAGCUUCAGGCUCGAGUGGCCGAUCCUCCUAUUGUGUGGCUGUAAAAUGUGAUAAUGCAAAAGAGGUGGAGCUUGUAAACUGCACUACAGCUCCAGCAUGAGAUCUGCACAAUACACUUAAAUAGAAAAAAGCUGGAAAGCGUUGACAUUUUCUGCAAAAUUUUCACGAUUUUCAUCCCUUUUCUGCUCCUCUUGUACUCUGUUCUUCAACUUAUCCUCUCUUUUGUCCGCAGGUGUUGCCAGCAAACCCCGAGGAAUCGUGGCAGGUGUACAGUUCAGCCCAGGAUAGCGAGGGAAGGUGUGUCUGCACGGUGGUGGCGCCCCAGCAGUCCAUGUGUUCACGGGAUGCCCGCACCAAGCAACUGAGGCAGCUGUUAGAGAAGGUAAUUACUGCUUAACAUGGUCUCACCCUGACAAUCAAACGCACACACAGUCACUCGUACACAAAUAAAAUACAUGCACACAUAUAAGUCAAUUCAUGUUUGUAGUUUUCCCCUCUCUGCCCGUUGGACAAGAAUAGGAAUCAUGCUCUAAUGAGCUCCCUGGAAACCUUACCGGCACCAUGGGAGGCAGCUAUACGCUCACUUUCUGUGAGUUUUUAUUGUGCCGCACACAUCCAGAACAGCUAAUGUAAUGACGCAACACAGCUCAAUGCCAAUUAACUGGAAGCUAAAGGAAGCUACUUUUGCAAAAAAAGGAGUUUUAGCAUGCAUCAUUUGUAUCCAAAGAUGGAGAUAAUCCCUUGAUGAUACAAAGUAGCCUGCUGAUUCACAUAAGCUGCAAACUAUCAUCAACAAACAUUAAAAGAGCCAAGUUGACAGAGUUUUUUAGACUGCAACAGUUCUGGAGAAACCAAAUGUCUUAACAGUAUGCAUCCUACACCUCCACCAUGCGUGUGAGGCUCCUGACUAGCUGGCCUCAUGUCAGAGUUUGUGACUCAUUUAGUUUAGAAAGCCAAGCCAAAGCAACAUAUUGAAAAUCAGUUGCGUUUUCUCAUCCUCAUUAAAGCAUUAGAGGUACAUAUUGAUUCCACUGCUCAGCCCAAUAUGUCCAUAUGGCGCCUCAGGUCCAGAACAUGACCCAGUCCAUCCAGGUGCUGGACCAGCGAACUCAGAGGGACCUGCAGUACGUGGAGAAGAUGGAGGUGCAGCUCCGUGGUCUGGAGACCAAGUUCAGGCAGGUGGAGGAGAACCACAAGCAGAACAUCGCCAAGCAAUACAAGGUACGGAGACAGACGACCAGCCAUUGAACCCAACAGCCCAUUUGAUCAUAGCUGCUUGGAAGCCCAUUAGACACAGCCUGACCCAUUGUGUGUUUGUGUGUUCCCACUGUGGACGAUUUCUGCCCAAAUCCCUACACCCCAUUUCAAGAAAUCCAUGAUCUGUGCAUAAAUUAAGAGGUUGUUCAUAUUCAACCACUUCAUUUACAUUGAAACACAAUAGAAACCUCAAUAAAUUAAAAUAUUUUACAUCAUUAUAAUGAGCAUGUCUGUAUGAGGGACCUUAGAGUCUUAACCUGCACAGUAAAAACCAACAUGUCUGUCUUCACUUGGAACACACGUUUCAUCAUAUCUGAUUUGACAAUAAAUCAGGUGGGGAAGGGUGUCAUUUAAAGCUCCCGUGGGGAGUUUUAGCUGACUUCAAAACUGGCUUAAAUUUAAACUGCUGCUGCUUUAAGACCCACAAAAGCAAACCAGACCAUCAGCAACAGGACUGACAGUUUUUAAAUGCUGCUAUAUUUAAUGACUGUGAACACUGCCGCAGGGUAGGUGUCAGUCCAAGACAGAGACUUGGUUUUACAUUUGUUCUGGCAAAGAUUCACAGUGAGUGAUAUCUGUGACUGUUAAAAUCAAAGGGAAAUUUGUCAAACAGAACUGGCCACUUAUCACUUUGUCCACAGGGGGCGACAAAAUCGCCACAAGCUAAAUGCUGCACACAGGAGCUUUAACUGUUAGAACUUGUGCUUGAAUGCCUCUUUUUGUCACAAUAUGUCGUUUUCAAUCAGUGAUUUUUGAGAAGCAUUAUUUUUUACAUUUAUUAAUGAAAUUAACAUUUUUUUGAAGCCAAAAGUGAAAUUAAAAAGUAACUGUUAAUGAAGAAAAAAAAAUUUCCGAGACAAAAAUUUGGCAUAAAUCAGCAAACUAGAAUUAAGUUUCUAAAUGUAAUAAUUUUGUUUAUUUAUGCUAGACAAUUAGCCAAUAUUAACUUAUCAUUAAAAGCACUUAAGGCACUUUGUUGUCAUUUUACAUAUUGAGGAAAUUGGCCCUCAGUUGAAGGCUUUAGAGUUGGUGACAGCUGCUAACAUUAGUGAGCCAAAUGUUGCGAAAACACACGCAGGGAUAUUUUUUCUGUCAGAUUUUUUUAUAUACAUUUAUUUACUUGUUUAUUUACCAGGGACAAAUAAAUGAGGCAUUGCAUCAUAGUAGCUGCUAUGCAUGUAGAUUUCUAGAGGAGACAGUUUUAGUUAUCAGCAUUACAUCAGCCGAUAUCACAGUUAUGUUCUCUAAAUUAAUUACAAACUUUUCAAUACAGAAAACUAUAGAAGAUACCCAUAAAUAUUUGAUUUUAGCAUGAUGAAAUAAUGGAUGUAUACUUGACUUUUUAAUCUCGAUAGAAAAGAAAAAAAACAACAGUAUGAUUAGGUAUUGACCAUUGGCUGACUUGCUCUCUCAUUAUCUGUAUCAGCCGGUUAAAAUUGUAAUGGGUCGACCACUAGUUUAUAGCUAUGGCUCAUAUAAAGCUUCUAUCCCUUGUUGGUUCAUAAUUAAAACAAAAGUCACAGAAUACUAAGUAUAAAAUACUACAGCUGUUAAAAACACAGUAGGAUCAGUGUAUGCAAUCAUUUUAGGGCUUCAAGAUUGAGUCAUAUUUGUCAAAAUUUUCCACCACUUUCGAGAUCUCAGUUUAUUUCUUUGCAUCGACUGCAUAUAAGAGGAGAAUUAAGCCUCUUGAUUAAAAAGUAGAGGUUAUGCAGGAGGGUUUUUACUCUACAUUUGUUUCAGGCUGUGAUUGCAUUGAUUGCAAAAGAGGUUGUGCUCAUGUGCAACCAGAUAAGAAAACAAACCAACAUCCCUGAUAAGCUUGUUUUAAAGAGUUAAAAGUCCUGAUUGUGAGUUUUAAGUAAGCUUGAAAGGUCCUGGGGAAAAUACUGGUCCCUUUUUAGGUGGAAUUUAAAAGAAGCAGUUCUUGCUUUAGGGCUCGGCUACCUUCAAUUGACAAGAUGCCACCACAGCAACAUGUCAACCAUGAUGGGAACCAACCAAUGCUUUUCCGCCCCAUCUUGGUCACUUUUGGCUCCAAAAUUCAAGACAAUAAUAGCUUUGGGUCCUGGUUUAGCUUGGCGGUCAAAGUGUGCAGCCAGCAUUUUAGAAGUUUGUUAGUUCGACUCUUGUCCUCGAUUUUGUGCUGCAUGUUUUCUUCUGCAUUUCUUGUCUUUUUUCAGCCUUCCUGUUGAAUAAAGGCAAAAAUGCACUACAAAAAAAGAUACUUAAGACAAAGAUGGCAACAACAAAAACCGCUAGGUUAAGGCUUCAAAGAAUAGUCUUAAAAACAGUUGGUUGUGUCACAGAGGCUUUGUCAACUCCUGCAGGACUUAUAAGUAGCUUCAUGUUUGUACUGUGCUCCUGUCACCUUGUGCAUGCUCCAAACCCCCCAUGCAUCCAACGCCACAUUCAGUGCAUGCCUGCAAUUGUCUGUAACCUGUCCUAAGUGCAAAAAUACUAAGUGUGUGUGCAGUUGUUUGUUUGUUUGUUUGUGUGUCUGUUAGCUAGGUUAGCAAGCUCCAGCCCCUGUCAACAGUUUGUCAUUUUCUUGCUUGCAGGGCUAACUUUAAGACAUGUAAAGAGAGCCACAGGGAAGAAGAGGCAGGUCAAUUCCAGAUUCCCCUGAACUGGGCCACAGUACUGAGAGCAUUUGGGCAUCAAACAGUUAAUUUUACCUUUUUAGCACCAUUAAGACUAAGAAACCCCACCCCUCUCCCAAACCAACCCACCACUGAUCUCUUCCUGCAUGUUACUGCUGUCAAAGUUACUGCUGUCAAAGUUUUCCAUCUAAAAGCUUUUUUCAAUCGUAAAUACAUUAUUAUUAAUAUUAUUAUUAUUAUUAUUAUUAUUACUAUUAUUAUUAUUAUUAUUAUUAUUAUUAUCAAUUGCUGUUAUUCAUUUUCUUUUCCUUUGGCUUUUGUCUAUGCAUAUUUGGUUACUCAACAAAUCUCUGCGUAAAACUAUAGACGUAAAUUCGAGACACUUUGUUGUGUGUGACAUGUAAAAGCAUGUAACCCUUAAUACGAUGUUGCAUUUUAAACGAUGAUGACCAAUAAAGAGCUUUCCCAAUUGUUGUCGGUGUACCGAGGGCUUGCUUUUUAACGGCUGCUCGCCGCCGGGACGGAGCCCCCUGCUCUGCUCGUCCAGCGGGGUGGAGAAUAAUUUCCGGGUUUGUCUGCUCAAGACACACACCUGCACCACAGCUGUUCACACAUGAAAACACUGAACAUGGACACAAACAGGGGGUCUUCAUGUUAGUGAAAAGGCAGGUUAGAGUCAGAGUAGCCAGGCUCAGACAGGUGUUUUUAUUUCCUUUUCUUUUCUUUUUUCUUUUAUGGACAGUCUCCUUUUGUCGCGCAUGACACUCAACCGAGCUCAUUCUAAUCCUUUCAGGCCAUAAAAACGAAAAUGGACGAGAUUAGACCGUUGAUACCAGUGUUGGAGGAGUACAAAGCCGAUGCCAAAUUGGUAUUGCAGUUUAAGGAGGAGGUCCAGGAGCUGACGUCAGUUCUAAGCGAACUUCAGGAGGAGAUGGGGGCCUAUGACUACGAGGAGCUCCACAACAGAGUGUCAAAUCUUGAGGAGAGACUCCGAGCAUGCAUGCAAAAAUUAGGUAGGCACAGAAAGUUGUUAACACACACUUUGCUGCAAACACGGGCAUGCAACACUUCCACUGUGACCGACCAGAGAGAGUUGCUCAGGCACAUUUACAUCAGUCAAAACGCAACAGGGGUCAUUCUGUGUGUCUGCAAUACUCUGAUGGCUUAAUACAUUUUACAACACGCCCAUCAUUUACUCUGUUUGAGUCUUUCUAUUGGUACAUGCUCGCUAAGAGGUGAACUUAGCUUUUGGUAUCUUAUGAGCCAAAAAUGAAGUUUAGAAGGUGCAUGUACUCAUCGAAAUGGAGCUACAUUAUUGUAUCUCCAGGGACUGAGGAUCCACACUUCUGUGGGAAAAAAGAAGGUAAUCGCGUUCAAUCCUCAGAGCCCAACUUGGCUAUAAAGGCUUAAAUUCAUAUCUGGUUUAUAUUAUUGUAAGUUGGAUGUUAUUAGUGUUUUAGGGCCCUAACAGGAAAACUAUUUUGAAACUAAACUUGAAAGAGGCAAAGGGAAAUGUUCAGAGCAAGUGUUGCCACUUCUAUUUUUGAGGAAAAUGUUGAUAUUAAAGCUCCUAUGAGAAGUUUUUUAACAUGUAUAAAAUAGACUGAAAUUUGAAUUGAUACCUUUUCAUGUUAUCCAAAAGCAAACAAGUCCACCAGGGAUAAAAUCAGGGUUUGCAGUUACUCAUUUUAAACUGGUGUGAAGGGGUAGGUGUCAGCCAGAGAAACAGCCAUUUUCACUACAAAUAUUCACAAUAAAUGAGACAUUUGACUGUCAAAAAUCAGCAGGAUGAGAUGCACGUAGAGGACAAGGAAAGCAAAACUGCUUUGUCCACAGGGGGCGCCAAAUUUGACCCAAACUGAAAGUUUCUCACUGAAGCUUUAAAAAAAAAGGGUCUUAGAGGUUAAAGGUUCAAACAAAGUGUUACGAAACUGAUCUUCAAGAUUUAAAAGGGUGAAAAAAAUCAAGAAAAGGGUCAAAAUGAGCCUCAGUCUAAUUGGCUCUUUCAUAAUAAGGAGUGGUUAAAGAAAAACAAGAGAUGUAACAGCCCGGCACAAACAGCCUCCUCCAGCUUUCUUUAGAGUGUGGGUCGUAUGAUGUUUGCACCAACCUGAGUUUUGUUAUUAAAUCAUAGACUCCCAUUUUUAGAUAUGUUUGGUCUUAAUAUCUCUUAAGUAAAGAGAGUUUUGGGAGUGCUCCUGUAGACUGUUCCAGGCAGACAGUAGCAAAACACCUCCUAACAAAAGGAGAAGAACCAAGUGUAUCAGGGGAUGAGUUGUCUCAUCCAACUCGGGUGUAAUUCAUAUUCUCUGACUAAAUGAAAGGCUAGAUUUGUAAUUCAGUUUUAGACAAAUUUAAAAAAGGAGACAGAAGGACCUUUUUGUCAAGGUAAUAUAAAACUCCUUUGUACCAUAAAUUUUAUCACUCCAUUUGAAGCCACCAGGAGUAGAUUGAGUCGUAGAUUUGCUUUGCCAAUAAAGUGACUAUCCAGACAUAGUUACCAGUUUGCCACCAUCUUCUUGUUUACAUUGGCCGCUCAGUUAUAUGUAGGCCUGUAGUAUUACUUCAUUACAAAGCUAUACCUCAUGGGAGUGACGCUCUGAGGCAGCUAGUUCUGUAGUUUGGCACAAGCCAUAAUUAAGGAACGGCUCUUGCUAGUGGCAGGUGGCAGUAUGACAGCUUAUACACGUUAUAUGAUGAGGACUUUGGGCUUAAAGUGAUAGCAAACGUCAAGAAUCCAUUGAACUGGUUAGUUAUUUCGAUGAAGACACUCAAGGGUAACAAUUAUUAUUUAGUCCACUAAACACGCACUUCCCUAUUCCCUACCAUUAACUACUGGUCUGGCGUGACUAUGCUAGCGUUUUCAGUCAUAUUUGCAUACCUUUGUGGACUAUAAGCAUAGAUUUCCUCUUCAAACAAUGUCUAAACAAGACUUAAAUAUCUGUGGAGUAUCAAUAAUAUCAAUAAAUAUCAAUGGAGUUUGGUGGCUUCGAAAGGAGGGUUAUAAGACUGGUUUCGGUUUAAUAAAAAAAAAAAACCCACACAUUUCACUCUGAUAAAACUAUCGUAAAAAGACCCGAAUAGUUAUUUAAAAAAAUUUAAUAAAACCAGAAAUGUAUUAAUUUGUCAAUAAUGUAACACAUUGCUACAUUUUUUUGCCCAAAAUGUAGCAACUUGUUACAUUUUGGGUUUUGUUACAUUUUUAUUACAUUUCGUGCUCAACACGUUUGUUACAUUAUUGACCAAUUAAUACAUUUCAGGCUUAAUUACAUUUAUUUUGUAACAUUUUGGGCUUAACUAAAAAAAAAAUUUGUAACAUUCCGGGCUUAAUUACAUUUUUUUUGUAAAAUUUUGGCUUAAUUAAAAUUUUUUGUAACUUUCCGGGCUUAAUAACAUUUUUUUUUGUAAUAUUUUGGCCUUAAUUACAUUUUUUUUUUAGUAACAUUUUGGGUCAUUGUUACAUAUUUGUCUCUAACAGGCCAUCUUUGUCCAAUUACAUGUCACUCUGGGACCCACAACCUGAGCCUUAAAGAAGCUGUUUUUGCAGACACACUUGCCCCGAAUGGUUAAGAUACACAGCAACUCACAGUCCAUUUUGUAGCAGUCAGCUGACAGGAUCUUACAGGGGGAAUCAAGAACUUUUAAAACAACAGUUUCCAAAUGUGUAAAAAUAGGGCUAACUCAAAAAGUCGAGUUCUGUUCCUAUACUGUGAUAAAAUGAAUGGGAGAUCUACACACAUGACGAGGCAUGAAUUAUAUCAAAUGGAGUGCAAAUGUACCCAAAUGAGCAGCAUGCAGAGUAAAAGAGGUUUUACUGCCUGCUCAUUUUACAAGUUCUGAUCACAGUCUUAUCUGUGCUUUUAGCCCCUGUCUGAAUCUCUUCACACCUCUGUCACAGCCCACAGUGCUAAUAGAUGCACACCCACACCACAGUGACUAAGAUGUAUUACGAGAGCACAAACACUUCCAUGCAGCACAUCACGGGUAUAUUGUGUUCCUGUUUGGAAUUAUUCACUGUCCAAGAUGACAGAAAGAAGUUUUCUGGUACAAAAGCUCUUCUUCUUCUUCUUCUUGAGAGAAAAAUGACACAAGAUUUUACUCUUCUGUAUCUCAUCCUCUUUGUCUGCGCGUACACGUUUAUCCAUUUGCUGCUCUCGCCACCUGGCAGCCAUGUCGGUGUUUCUUCACUUUAAGUUCAAUCGCGGUGUAGCAAUCAAGACAACCCUGGGUGUGAAACCCACACAUUCCUCACAGGAAAGUUUCCUUAUCUGGUCCCAGGAAACAGGAUAUAAAUCUUUCCAGACGUGUUUGCACUUUCAGGUUAAAUAAGUGACCCAACCGGAGGUUGACUAAACCUCUGACUCUUCAGGAUUGGUCAAUUCGGAGAACAGAGACAGAGUUUUUAUUACCUUUCAAACUGACUCCAUUUGCUGACCAUCUAAAUAAACAUUAACGUCUUAACCCAGAUCUCCCAUUUGAGAUUUAGCGUCUUAAAGUGUGUGGACAUACGGUCCCUAGGAUAAGGGGGGACACUGACCUCCAGACCUCGGUCGUAAAACCCUGCUCGACCAUGCACUGAUAAAGACUACAUUCCUUUGGUGAAAGAAUACAAAUGACUGAUCCUGACAUCUUAUGCAUUCAGCAAUGUACUAAUCUGUCUAAUCAUGAAAUUUGUGUUAAAAUGAGAUGUUUCCCGUUUUUCUAUGUGCUCCAGAAGCCGAGUUAUCGCUCUUUAGUUUCUUUAGACCAACAGCUUUUCAGACUGUUUCAUGAACUUUUAAGAGUUAAAUUUAUUGACUAUGGAUCAUAACUUAACUCUAGGUAACAGAAAUAGUUUAGAAAUGUUUGGUUUAUAUUUUAGUUGUUUAUUUAGGGUUUUUAACCAUUAGGUGGUUAUAAUGUCAUUGAAUAAUCUGAAUGUGAGUAUUUAGAAUCCAUUAUUAAUCAUGAAGUUCAUUCACAUGUAUUUACUCUUUUGUUGUUCACAGUUUACAUGUGUUACUAUCUGUUUCAUUUCAGAGUAAUUUAGCAUGUUCAAUGUGAUACUUAAAACAUAAUGAGAAGUUUGAUGUGAUCCUACACUUCAUUCAUAUGUGUUUAGUAUCAAAUUAUUUAUCAUGAAACCAAGCAUUCAAUGAUGUUAAUCAUAGUGAGUGAGUAUCAGAUCUGACUCUUUUACCAGCCAAAAGAAUAAGUUAGAUCAAAUAAUCAGAGACCCGAUGACCCCCUCCUCUUUCUCCUCAGCCACUCCCAGUGUGAGAAGAUAAAACCAGUGAAGUGGGGUUGCUCACUCUCUUACGCUCUCUUAUCUCUCUUACUCUCUUAUCUCUCUUAUGCUUCUGCUCUUCUGCUGACUCUCUUGUCCCCGGCUCUUAUGCCCCUUCUCUUCUGUCCACACCCUUCUGUGGUGCGUUUCUUUGUUUUCUCUUAGAACUUUUUCUUAGUCUUCUAAGUUUUACGCCACGUGUUGAUUCACGUUGAUUUUUCUUUAACAUCGUCUUAGUUCAAGUUUUGAAACUUCAACUUUUUGUGCGCAUAGCAAUUCAAGAUUAAGCCUUUGAUUGAUUUUUCUUUAAUUUCGCGAAGCCAUUUUUGAAAGUUUUCUCUGCUCUUCGAGCCUCGUUUUUCUGAGUUUUCUGCGUGAUUUCAAAGUCACCUCUGAACGCAACCCAGCAGGCCCAGGUCAUCCUCUGUGCCAGAGUUUUUGAGUGAGACCAAAGAAGUACCCAAACGAGCAUCCACAGGAUCCACAGGCGCUGGCUUUGCUUCGGGCCCGAGUGCUGCAACUCCUGGCUCAUCCUUCGGCUGACUUCAGUCGUCUUCUGAGCUGAACCGCUCGAACCGCCAGUAGCCCCGGACCUUCGGAACCUGCUCCAUCUUCUCCAAGGACCAGUCUCACUUAAGUAUGCAAACCUCCAGAGCUCCAGAGAGGGCUGGUGCUGUCUCAUGCGUUCAUAACUCAGAUAUCCACCUAUUUCUGGUGAUCUUAGAUUCCUCCAAAUCCACAUCCGAGUUUAUCUCGACACCAAAGUUAGUGUAGGUUAAUAUGUUAGCGCAUAUUCACUCACUAUCAUUAACUUUAGUGCUCCUAGCCUGACUCAGAAUCUUUAUUUAUUCACCUAUUAUUAUUUAUCUUCAUUAUCUUAUCAUCAUUUAUUGCAUGUGUGUUGUACCAUCAUUUAUCCUGUAAUAAACAGAUCAUUAUUUUUCUAAGUUCUUGACUGUUAGUGUUCUUCCAGAAGUGGAGUCCCUGAAAUUAGAAUUUCGACUUAAGAUAUGAGACUGAUUAAUUAAGACUGAUUAAUUAAAACUGACUUGAUGUUUGAUUUCGGAAUUAAACUUUUGUUUUCUUUAUUUUCCCACCAUUAAGGGUGGGUGGUGCCCCUUUCAACGAGUGCAUAAAUGUCAUAAUUUGAGAUUAUUAAUCUUCAGACAUUUAUUAUAAAUUCCAAUCGCUACAGUACUAUUUUGGUACGGCCUUGUGAGGCUCAUUUCAAAUCGCUACAUAUAUUUUGUUGCGACCGUGUGAGGCUCAUUCCAAAUCACUACAUAUAUUUUGGUGCCCCUGCGUGAGGCGUUUCAAACAAAACUUCUGGAUACUAACAGACAACCUAAAACUUAGCCUUCCAAAUUGAUGAGAGAAACUUAUUUCCAGGCUAUUUUAGACUUAAUCACAAUAAAUGCUAUGCUUGCUGAAGUUGCUUGACUAAGUUCUGAUGUUUUCCUGAUCUAUGCAUAAAACCUUUAUGCUCUGUGUUUCACACACUUUUGUACUACAUGCCUGUAGUCUGUGUUUGAGCUGGACAGCGUGAAAUGUUGUUCUGAGUAGCAGUGAGACUGCUUCUUCUGCUCUGUCUAGACUGUCCAAUAUUUAAGUGCACGAUUGUUGCGUCGCCGUACGCUUGUAUUUAAGGCCUUUGGCUGAACCCAGUGUUCGCGAUGCUCCGAGCUGUGGUUUCAAGCCCCUGAAGUCUCUGUAGUCUGCUACGAGGUUCUAGUAACUAUAUGGGAUUCAGAUUUCCUCCUUUCCCCUGACAGAUUAGCUACCUGUCACAGGAAACCACUGUAACAGUGGGAGGUUGUUGUUUGAUUGAAUUCAGACAAAAUUUGUGUUCACAAAUCGCCGCAUUUGUGAUUUUUAAGUUUGCAGUUAAAUCUGCUGUUGAGGGAUUUGUCACUUUGAUUCUUGUCUCUAUAGUCUGCUACGAAGUUCUAGUAACUAUAUGGGAUUCAGAUUUCCUCCUUUCCCCUGACCGAUUAACUACCUGUCACAGGAAACCACUGUAACAGUGGGAGGUUGUUGUUUGAUUGAAUUCAAACAAAAUUUGUGUUCACAAAUCGCCGCAUUUGUAAUUUUAAGUUUGCAGUUGAAUCUGCUGUUUAAGGAUUUGUCACUUUGAUUCUUGUUCCUGUAAAUGAUUUUAUUGAACCAAUCUGCCUGAGCAGAUGGUGUAAAGUUCUAUGUUUGAGGGUGCAGACGCAGCCUGCUGUGAAAUGUUAACCCUUUGUUGUCAGUGGAGAGACUGACCAUUUGGCCUUAAGCAGAUAAGGCCCUUCAAGGAGGCAGAGCCUAAAGGCCCCUUCCUGCACACUUCCCAACUCCUCACAGCCACAAGAGGCUAGUUGGAUGACUGUUUCCUCUUCUCUUCUUCUUCUCCACUUGUGUUGAGCUUGUGCAGUUACCCCAACUCCAUACUGCCCCACAUGGUUGCUUUUGGUAUUGAGCUAACACUGCUAUUAUCUGCCUGCAGUAUCAGCCAGCUGUACUGCCUCUCUGUAGUCAGUGUGUAACACUCUACAGACAUAACUCAAGUGAUUGACUUGGUUGAUGAAGUUUGAUGUGCUUAUUCUAAAUCAUUGAUCAUUGAUUUUUGAUUUUUAUCUUUGUUAUAAGAGCCUACAUAAUGUAUUGAUAAAGUAACUCCUUGAAUCAAUCACCUGAUCUGUUGUUACUUAUCACACCAUUGAGCAGUUUUACUGUUCCCUAUAAUACAUGAAUGUAUUAACCCUCCUCAUAAGAUUAAUUAAUUAAUGAACAAAUUAAUUAAUAUUUGAAAUCUAUUUUACCAUUUCAGAUGAAUUGGGUAGUUGAAUCUUUGGCUUUAUUGCGAUUUGUGAAUUAACUUCAGAGUUAAUUCCUUAAAUUGACAAUUUCAUUGGUUUCAGAUUCAUCCAACUGCAUCAGGCAGUUUAUUUAAGCUUUGCUGAUCUCUGCAACACGGAGACAAUUUGAACCCUUUAUUCAAUGGUUCUGUAUCUGAUGUUAAAUUUAAUUUAACAUUAUUUCACCUUGUUUUAUUUCAAUUUUCAUUGAAAUGAAGUUAACUUUAUGUUAUUUUUCUCUCCAUUAGAUAUCUACUCAGAUAGGCUCUUCCUCUUUAUCAAGCAUUGAUAAAUUAAGUCGAUUAACUCACUUAAUUUGAUAUUGUGCUUCUUCCUUUCAUUUUAAGUCAACUCAAACUCAUCAACCAACCACCUGCUCCUCUUUACCAAAACCAAACAUGCCUAACACAAAAGAGUCCAGCCAGGGAGACCCCCUGAGGGACAUACACACAGUGUUAGCAAACUUAACUAGUCAGCUGAUAUCUCAGUACAUGACUAAGAUUCAUAAGGCCAAACCCUCCAAUCCGGAGGAUGAAAUGGCUGACUUACUGGAAAUAGCCUUAACCACGACACUUCGUGACAAAGAGCUCACUAGAUGCAUGUCUGUCAUGAUGUCUUCUCAGCUUGAGUAUAAAGACUACUUGCUGGAAUGCGCUUUAGCAAAGAUAAAGGCGCAAAAAGAUGAAAACAGCGCUCUGAAAAAGACGCUAGAGGAGACUAAGAAGUCUUUAAGUGUUUUAGAAAAACACAGUGCCAGAUGUGAAGCGUCAAAGCUUCCCUCACUGAUAAGUCAUGAAGAAAAUCUUGAUCUCAAAGACAAGAUUGAAAGACUUAAUGAAAACCUUUACAAAAAGGAGAAAGAACUUGAUGACAUGAAUAAGCAGCUUGCUAAGACCACAGAGGAUCUGAUACAGUCAGAAUCCCUACUAGAGCAAGCAACAGAAGAUGUAAAAGCUUUGAAAGCACUGGUCAAAGUGCGUGCUGAAGCUCUUGAAGUUAAGGAGAAGCAAACUUCUACCUUACAGCACCAGCUCCAGAUAGCUCAAAGACAGUUAAUUCUUUGUCAAGAACGGCAAGAAAAGACAGACAAAGAACUUGAAGAUGCCCAAAGAGAGUUACAAUGCUCCCUCCAGUCAGGGUCGAGCCCAAAGAGAACGCAUGGAGCAAACGUUUCUUGAAGAAAUGAUAGGUGAUCAGCCUCCUGAGAGAGCGCCAUCACUUCCUUCCAAACCAACUCUUAAGUAUCUCUCUCAGCAUCAUGACAGGACCCUGCUUGACCCUGAGAGGUCAUCCUUAAACCAAGAGUCCUACUCUCCUCCUCAUGAUGGCUUCUUACCAUUUCCCUCAGACAGGGAUCUUGACAAAAUUGCUCGCAACAUAGCACGCUUUGAACCUGAGCACCAAGGUGCUACUGACACCUGCACCUACUUGAAAGACAUUGACUUUUACCUGCGGAAAUUUCCAGGUGCAACCACUGAUGACAAAAUCUACCUUAUUAAGGCAACGUCAAGUCGAGAAGUUAGCAGUUUCCUUGAACGACAGCCUUAUCAUGUCAGAAAUAAUUAUGACUUGCUCUGCCAAGCAUUAAUCGAAGAGUUUUCUGAUCAUUUGACCCAGACAGGCCUUUCUGCUGCUCUGUCUAUUAAACAAGGGAGAUCAGAAUCUCCCCAACAUUAUUACAACCGCUUACGCGAAGCUUACUUUGGUUCCCGAAAUGAACCAGAAAUGGAGGAGGACUUGAACUUCAAAACGCUGUUCGUCCAGAACCUCCACCCUACCACCAGUCAUCACCUUGGCGUCUUAGCUUGUCCAAACACUUCGACUAGCCGACAGCUUCGUGAACUUGCUGUAAAAGGUUUUGCCAAACAACGACAAACUUUGGCUAAGAAAGCAGAGCCCGUUACUCUCUUGGCUAUGGAGACAAAAUCACUGCCCAUGGAGCUGAACGAAGCUUCAGACUGUGUUUUUUCAGGCUCCGAUAAGCCUCCAAAUGAGUGGUUAACCAGGCCUCCAAAACCUUUUCGACCUCAACAAACUCACAAAGGUCAAAGUUACACACCAAGGCCCAGGUCUGACCCAGACCAAUGCCAGGUAAACUUUGAGACCAACUGUUGUUAUUCAGACUCCCGUCACGGUGGGUUUUAUCCCAGACAAAGGAAAAACCAUCAACACCGCCAAAGUGGGGUGAAUGACUGGCAGAAUCAGAGUAAAUCACACUCUCAGAAACGACGAUCUUAUUAUCCACCUCAAUCGGUUUCCUCCACUUUGAAGGUGAAUAAACAUGACUACUCAGCUAACCACUGAGAUUAACACUGCGGAGUCAUGAAGGUGUGAGUCCUGCGAAAGCAGAAGUCACCUAGCCAAAGCUAAAUGACUCCAAUAAGAUAUCUAAAUGCUGUGGUGAUACAUUGAUGACUGCAAUCCCAGUUGCUGCUUUCUUUGUUAGCAUUUGUCUCUCCUCUGUCAAUAUGGUCAGCUUGUCAGCUGUCAAAGAUCCCAUGAACAGAUUAAAACCUGAAAUUUCUGUCCUUAAGACUCAGAUUGACAAAUUUCAGACUCAACAGCAGAUAAUUAGUCAAACCGAUAAGAGCAUCAUCCCCAAGUUUCACAGACAAAGUUUAAGAGAAACUCUGUGCAGUAAACUUUUGAUGUUUGUGAUUCAGGUUGACUAUGCUCAUACACAGAUGGUUAAUAUGUCUAUAGCAGACAUUUCUUUUCCACCUAAGUCUUAACCAUUUUUGAAACUGAAAUGGAACUUUCAGACUUCUCCAGCAAGCAUGAAAAACAGCUAUAGCUUUAGAUCCAGUUAGCAUUCAGACUAAAGAGUGCUUUUCUAAAUCUCAUUAAUACUAAAAAUUAGGAGAUUUUCUUUCACAUUAGUCUACCAAUAGUUAACUGAGAAAAGUCUAACAACUAGACGAUUUUAUUUGAUAGCUUAAUGCAUGCUUAAUUUUAUCUCAAAGCAGUACUUGUGAUUUACAUAGUGAUGACGAGACGCAUCAGUCCUAUUUGCAUACACCUGCUGCUGCUGCUGCUGCUUCAUGGUUGUCUACUCGUCGUCCCGAUGCUCCAUGGACAGGACCACCGUGACGAAGGGGGGACUGUAGCAAUCAAGACAACCCUGGGUGUGAAACCCACACAUUCCUCACAGGAAAGUUUCCUUAUCUGGUCCCAGGAAACAGGAUAUAAAUCUUUCCAGACGUGUUUGCACUUUCAGGUUAAAUAAGUGACCCAACCGGAGGUUGACUAAACCUCUGACUCUUCAGGAUUGGUCAAUUCGGAGAACAGAGACAGAGUUUUUAUUACCUUUCAAACUGACUCCAUUUGCUGACCAUCUAAAUAAACAUUAACGUCUUAACCCAGAUCUCCCAUUUGAGAUUUAGCGUCUUAAAGUGUGUGGACAUACGGUCCCUAGGAUAAGGGGGGACACUGACCUCCAGACCUCGGUCGUAAAACCCUGCUCGACCAUGCACUGAUAAAGACUACAUUCCUUUGGUGAAAGAAUACAAAUGACUGAUCCUGACAUCUUAUGCAUUCAGCAAUGUACUAAUCUGUCUAAUCAUGAAAUUUGUGUUAAAAUGAGAUGUUUCCCGUUUUUCUAUGUGCUCCAGAAGCCGAGUUAUCGCUCUUUAGUUUCUUUAGACCAACAGCUUUUCAGACUGUUUCAUGAACUUUUAAGAGUUAAAUUUAUUGACUAUGGAUCAUAACUUAACUCUAGGUAACAGAAAUAGUUUAGAAAUGUUUGGUUUAUAUUUUAGUUGUUUAUUUAGGGUUUUUAACCAUUAGGUGGUUAUAAUGUCAUUGAAUAAUCUGAAUGUGAGUAUUUAGAAUCCAUUAUUAAUCAUGAAGUUCAUUCACAUGUAUUUACUCUUUUGUUGUUCACAGUUUACAUGUGUUACUAUCUGUUUCAUUUCAGAGUAAUUUAGCAUGUUCAAUGUGAUACUUAAAACAUAAUGAGAAGUUUGAUGUGAUCCUACACUUCAUUCAUAUGUGUUUAGUAUCAAAUUAUUUAUCAUGAAACCAAGCAUUCAAUGAUGUUAAUCAUAGUGAGUGAGUAUCAGAUCUGACUCUUUUACCAGCCAAAAGAAUAAGUUAGAUCAAAUAAUCAGAGACCCGAUGACCCCCUCCUCUUUCUCCUCAGCCACUCCCAGUGUGAGAAGAUAAAACCAGUGAAGUGGGGUUGCUCACUCUCUUACGCUCUCUUAUCUCUCUUACUCUCUUAUCUCUCUUAUGCUUCUGCUCUUCUGCUGACUCUCUUGUCCCCGGCUCUUAUGCCCCUUCUCUUCUGUCCACACCCUUCUGUGGUGCGUUUCUUUGUUUUCUCUUAGAACUUUUUCUUAGUCUUCUAAGUUUUACGCCACGUGUUGAUUCACGUUGAUUUUUCUUUAACAUCGUCUUAGUUCAAGUUUUGAAACUUCAACUUUUUGUGCGCAUAGCAAUUCAAGAUUAAGCCUUUGAUUGAUUUUUCUUUAAUUUCGCGAAGCCAUUUUUGAAAGUUUUCUCUGCUCUUCGAGCCUCGUUUUUCUGAGUUUUCUGCGUGAUUUCAAAGUCACCUCUGAACGCAACCCAGCAGGCCCAGGUCAUCCUCUGUGCCAGAGUUUUUGAGUGAGACCAAAGAAGUACCCAAACGAGCAUCCACAGGAUCCACAGGCGCUGGCUUUGCUUCGGGCCCGAGUGCUGCAACUCCUGGCUCAUCCUUCGGCUGACUUCAGUCGUCUUCUGAGCUGAACCGCUCGAACCGCCAGUAGCCCCGGACCUUCGGAACCUGCUCCAUCUUCUCCAAGGACCAGUCUCACUUAAGUAUGCAAACCUCCAGAGCUCCAGAGAGGGCUGGUGCUGUCUCAUGCGUUCAUAACUCAGAUAUCCACCUAUUUCUGGUGAUCUUAGAUUCCUCCAAAUCCACAUCCGAGUUUAUCUCGACACCAAAGUUAGUGUAGGUUAAUAUGUUAGCGCAUAUUCACUCACUAUCAUUAACUUUAGUGCUCCUAGCCUGACUCAGAAUCUUUAUUUAUUCACCUAUUAUUAUUUAUCUUCAUUAUCUUAUCAUCAUUUAUUGCAUGUGUGUUGUACCAUCAUUUAUCCUGUAAUAAACAGAUCAUUAUUUUUCUAAGUUCUUGACUGUUAGUGUUCUUCCAGAAGUGGAGUCCCUGAAAUUAGAAUUUCGACUUAAGAUAUGAGACUGAUUAAUUAAGACUGAUUAAUUAAAACUGACUUGAUGUUUGAUUUCGGAAUUAAACUUUUGUUUUCUUUAUUUUCCCACCAUUAAGGGUGGGUGGUGCCCCUUUCAACGAGUGCAUAAAUGUCAUAAUUUGAGAUUAUUAAUCUUCAGACAUUUAUUAUAAAUUCCAAUCGCUACAGUACUAUUUUGGUACGGCCUUGUGAGGCUCAUUUCAACCGCUACAUAUAUUUUGUUGCGACCGUGUGAGGCUCAUUCCAAAUCACUACAGCGGUGACGUGAUAGAGCAGUCGACUGCAGGAGGAACUUCACCGUGAGUGUGUGUGAGUGUGUGUGAUCAGACAAGAUAAAGGCGAGGUCACUCAGCGUGGGAGCGGCUGAGGUAGAACAGAGGGUGGCGACCGCUUUCAUCUUCACACGACUGCAGAGGCACUCGCGCACAGAUUCGCUCCUGUACACUCCCCCUUAUUGAGAUUAAACCCGCGAAGGUCAGUCAGCAAAAUUUGCAUCCGCAGAUCAACAACAGCAGGGGGAACAAGAGGAAAACCGGAGAGGGCAGCAGAAACUUGGGUUUUGGGUAAUAGAAAGAGCGACAGGGGGAAUUGAUAGAAGGCGCUGAGGGAGAAGGAGAAGGAGUGACAAAGUGAAGGCGAGCAGGGAAAGUGAAAGAGAGUAAGUGGAGUCCCUGCAGAGCUGUCCUUCAAGCUGUUUUGUGCCGGAGAGACUAACAGCCCCGGCGGCUGCUAGGACACAAUGGCCAUCGAUCAAGAGGACAUGCCAGCUUGCUGGGCAAUAAUCAAAUAAAUAAAUCACCCCGUGUCGUGGCCCAGCAACAUGGAGGCGCGGAGGGCUCCAGGCAAAUCCAGACCCUUUACGCCAAAGAGCUGAUGAAUGAAGCAGGAGAAGUCAUACCGGCACAGAAAAUCCUGCGACUAUUGUUUUUCACCGCCUAUUUCCUCAGUGCAGGGUGAGAUUAUCUGUCAAAAUAUCAUAACAAGGUGCUGCACCUCUCUGCAAACAACCUCCAACGAAUAAGAAGUCUCAUGUUCAAGUAUAUAAAUAAAUCUGACACGUCUCAAAUACAUUAAUUAGUAUUGGCCAUAUUAGCUAAUGAAGCCUAACAGGAGCAGGCAUGUGUAGGCGUAGUGAGUAUUACAGUGUACGCCUGCAAAGAUCAAUAUCAUACUUUACAGUUUGCCAGGAAAGACUUGCGUCCAAAUGCGUGUGCGCCGAACGCCAAAGGCCAAAAAUACCAUAAUGUUCGACCGCAUCAGGUCACACUUUAAAGGAUAAGCAAACGUGCUUAUUUGGCUGCUCAGACGCUAAACCGUCUGCAGCAUGAAGCUUGAACUGAGCUGUAAAGAGAGAGAGAGACAGGCAGAUGUGCUGCAGACUGACAGAUGUGUAGGCAGCAGGGUCAGAGGUCAUGGAGCUCAAUGUAAUGACAAUGUAGUCUGACCUAGUUGUGCACAGACUGUACGCACACUUUAAGGGGGGCAGCUGCCGGAGGUAUUACCGUGUAAAGAUGGACUUUAAAAGGAAAACAAAUGUGGCGAAAUUCUGAUUUAUUACCAGUCUCAACUAGUUGCUUGUUUACUUUCCCACAAUGCAAUGCUGCUGUUCUGUCCCUGCUGAUCUAAAGCAACUGCAUUACCCUCAGAUGAAUGUGGUAGUUUAGAGGGCUGUGCUUACGCCAAGUAAAGAAGCAUCGUCUUGUGGUCACUAUCAGAAUAUUUAUGUCUGCGCCUUUAAAUAAAAGUACAGUAAACACUCGCACGUUUGUUCCAAAUGGCCGGAGUGCACUUUUACGACUGUCCCUGAAUGUACUUGCAGACACAGCAGUGCUGGACAGGAUUUUGAAUAUUCAACAGUCCACCAUGAGCACAUUAGUCUCGUCUCAUUAACCAAAGUUUGUCAUUGUCUCCUCAAGGAAAAACAAGUCAUUGACGAGCAUUUAUCAUCAUAAUUUCCACUGAAGAAAUUGACUAUAAACUCCAUUUACCUCCAACCAGGGGGACAAAAAGCUCAGGGGUUAUCGGUUAUGACAAGAGUGCUGCUUUUACGCUGGUAAGCAAGUAAGUUUUCAAAGACUUUAGAGCACCUGUAAGGAGUUUUAGCGGCUUAUAAUCCAGGUUGAAAUCCAUACAGAAACGUCUACAUCAGCGACAAAAGCAAACAAGCCCCCAGAGGAGGAGGAGUGAUUAUUUCUGUAUUUCUGUUAUUUUAAACGUGUUUUCGCGCUUCUCGGCGUAGGCGUCAGACCAGUCAAUUAACAGCAUGCUGGAGAAACAGCCAACUUCUAUAUUUUCCCCUGAACAUAUUCACAAUGAGCGGUACAUGAGAUGGUGAAAAACGGAGCAGGUUGAGUUUUUGUUUUUCAAAAUGUGUUUUUUUCCAAAGUACAAGAGAUAAGAGUGAGCAAAUCUGUGACAUUAACAAACGGAUUUUGGAGAUAAAAUAAAAGCAAACUAACACUGACUUGGACUGAGGUGAAGCAGAAAACCAUCUUAUAUUAUGGACCAGACAUUUGGUCAAAGUUUGCAUCUGUUACGGCACAGGGAAACCUAAGUUCUCAUGGGUUGAUUACACCAGCUCUGUAGUGUAAAGGUCUGGGUGUUGAACUGGCCUGCCUGCAUACAUUUAGAAACAUUGAAAGGAGACCUUGAUCUGGCAAAAACAGGACGUUUAAAACCCCAGAAUCUGGUCUUCUUGAGGGUUGUUAAAAGAAGAGGUUUGUUGCAGGGCUUCACAUGACAAUAAGGUGCUUUUCUUUCUUUUUUUUUUAUCUAUCUACACUACAGGCCAAAAGUUUGGAAGCAAGAUCAGAUUUGUACAAAAAAAGAUCAUAGUUUCAUGUAUAUAAUUUGCAACACAAUAAACAUGACUAUUGUGUAAAGAGUAACUCAUCAGAAGACAUUUUGACUAUAAUUAUCAGGUAUUUGAGUUAUUGUUGGUUAGACUUUGCUUUCUUUAAAGUAACCUCCUCUGGCUUUAACAACAGCUUGGCAUAUACCAGGCAUUCAUUCCACAAGUUUUUUUAAGGUAUUUUCCAGGGAUUGCAUUCCAAGCUUUCUUAAGUUCAUUAAAAGGAGAUUGCUGAUUCGUGGGACGCGUUUUUUCUGACCGAUCGAUCCAAUUCAUCCCGCACAAGCUCAAUUGGAGAAAGGUCUGGAGACUGAGGGGGCCAAACCAUGUUUUGAAGAACACCAUCCUCUUCUUUUUUUGUCUAGGUAACCCUGAAAGAGCUUGGCAGAGAGCUCAUUGUCUUGCUGCAAAACAAACUUAUGAGCUACAAGUCUGAGUCCAGAUGGAACAGCAUGGUGCUGGAGGAUGGAGUGGUACUGUUCCUUCUUCAUGAUACCCUUUACUUCAAACAAAUCUCCUACUCCAUCACCUGCCAAAUAUCCCCAUACCAUGGAACUACCACCUCCAUGCUGAAUUGUGGGUGUAACACAUGGCGCUUUCAGACGUUCACCAGUUUGUCUGCGGACGUAGACUCUGCGUUUUGAACCAAACAGUGCAAACUUGUUUCUAGUCAUCAUGAGUCGAAUUUUUGUGAGCUUUUGCCCACUCAUAUCUAUUUUUCUAGUUCUGUGGAUGAAGUAGUGUUUUUUGCAGAUACACAACCCUUCAGACCAGCCUUUCUCAAACGUCAUUUCACAGUUGUCAGAGAUAUGGGUUUUGACCUUGUCAUGUUGAUUUCCUCCCUUAUUUGUGGUGCUGUCUUUCGCCGAUCUCUCUUACUGGUGACAAUGCUAUUUUUAUCCUCUGCUUUUGUAGUUACUCUCUUUCGUCCAGGUCUUUUUCUAUCAUCAUAAUUCCAGGUUCCUCUAGUCUCUUCAGAGUGUAGUGGACUCCUUUGUUAAACACCUUUAGGCGUUUUGCAAUUUCUCUUUCUGUGUAUCCUUCUUUCCUCAAUGUACAAAUCUGUACUUUUGUUUCUUUACUCAGUUGCUUCUUUCGAGCCAUUUUUGCGAUAGUUUGAACGUAGUUGAGAUUUAUUAGGAUUUCUGUAUGCAGACUCUCAAAAUCCAAAAAGUUAAAGUGAAUAAUCCAACUGUGAUUUGACAACUGAAGUUGUGACUCUUGCAGUUACUUAAAGUUACUCCCAACUGUUCGGCCUGUAAUGGCCUUGCUUCCAAACUUUUGGCCUGUAAUCACUCAAUCAACCUACCUACCUACCUACCUACCUGCCUACCUACCUACCUACCUACCUACCUUUGUAUCUAUACAUCUAUCUUUGUUUCUACUUUUCUAUCUACACAUCUAUCUUCAUAUCUAUCUAUCUAUCUAUCUAUCUAUCUAUCUAUCUAUCUAUCUAUCUAUCUAUCUAUCUAUCUAUCUAUCUAUAUAUCUAUCUAUCUAUCCUUAUAAAGCAGCAGUUUUUCAUUUUCACCACCUGACAUGUUGUUUUAACACUAUUUAAAAGUAAAAUAGGGUUUAAAAGAUGUGAAUGCAAACCAUUUAAUUCUGUUUUUAUCGAAAUUUUACACCACAGAGCUGUUCCAAAAAUAGGGUUGAAACUCCAAAAGUAAAAUCCACUUUAACAUAAAUCCAACAACCUGGCUCCUCGGAAAAAGUCAUUUUUUUAUUGUGUAUUUAAAUCCUCACAUUUCAGUGUCAUUAAGUUUCCACGCCCUCUGCUUUAGCUGGUACAAAUUCAGGCCAAAAGAGGAUUAGACCCUGUCUGAAUCUCCAGAUCCAUCAGCUGGCUCUCUAGCAGGCGGGGGGAAAGUAGUGUCAUCUAAAGAUAGAAGCUUUACGAAUAGAGGAGAAAAUAAACAAAUCAAUGUCCAGUGUAUUAUGGCAGAGCUCUAAUCCCUCUCUGAGUUAUGUAAGGGACUCGACCCCCUCUGGAGGGAGUAGACGCCGCUCAUGUGACCGCGUGUGAUUGUCUCUCAGCCGCCGCUGAGGUGUGAAAACCACAAAACUCACGCAGAGUCUCACUGAAGUGUCAGAACGGAUGAGAAAACGGAGGGAAAUAAAAGAAAGAAGACAAAAUGACAUCUCACGACAAUAAAAGAGCAAGAAACAUGAUAGAUGUUGCAGAGAAGGAGAGAUGAUGAGCGUUCCAGUCAGAGGUUAAUGGAUGCAACGCCUAGCAGCGAGAGAUGCUAAUGAAAACCAGAAAUGAGCCAUCGCCACUGUAGCACUUUUUAAAUUAGCAUAACAGAACGACUCAUUACAUUCAUAGGAUGGGAUGAAGUCAUCAAAAUCAUGUAAUUGACCUCCAUCCUGGGGAAAUAACCUCAGAAAAUGAGCACAUGUGCUGCACCCUUGUUGUUAUUUGGUCAAAAAUCCUGUCUCCGUUCCCCGUCUGUGCUCAUUAGAAAGGGAACAUUAGCCCGGCCCGGCUCUUAGUCACGAGGGCCGCCGAGCCCGGCGUUAGGUUUGUCAAAUCCGCAUUAACACCUCAAUCAACACUAAUUAACAGUACAGCAGCUUACAAGCUGCACACAGGAGCAGAACACACAGAGGCUCUCCCUUUUUUUUUUUCUCCCUAUCCCCUGUUCCUCUCACUUUCUCACACAUCCACACAGAGAGGGGAAACAGGCAUUAGCAAGUGUGAACUGAAUAAUAAGCACCUCUUUGCCGAGUGCAUCACACAAAGAGAGAGGCAGAGGCAGCCUGGAGAGCGGCGCCUCGAUCCUGCAGGCAAACUCAUUUGGAUUUGAAGUAAAUGAAAGUGAAUCCCCGGUAAUAGAUUUCUGAAUUAUUCUAAAUACCCCGGAUAGGUGUUGCUCUAGAUGCUCCCAUCAUCCUUUGCUUUUGUCUUUGCAGCAUGCGGCAAACUGACGGGCAUCAGCGACCCCAUCACCAUCAAGACGUCAGGAUCCAGGUUCGGCUCCUGGAUGACCGACCCUCUGGCGCCUGAAGGGGACACAAGGGUACGUAUACAGUCACACAGUCUGAAUGAGGAAAUCAGCUCACAGUUGACAUCAUUUGUGUUGAUAAGCUCGUUUUUAGCUAAGUUUAAAACCCUCCUGUGUCAACAUCCUGACUACUGGAUGCCCCAUUAUCCAUCCCACUUUUCCCAAUCAAGGUCGCUGGAGGCUGGAGCCGAUCCCAGCUGUCACUGGGCGGGAAGCCGGGUACACCGCAGGGCGAGCAAACAGAGACAAACAUCCAUUCACAUACACUCACACCUAACAGGCAUUUUGGAGUAAGCAAUUAACCUGAUGAGCAUGUCUGUGGGCUGUGGAAGGAGGCCAGAGUAUCUGGAGAAAACCCACAAUUGUGCAGGGAAAACAUGCAGAAAUACUUGAACCAGAAACCAGAGACUACGCUUUUUAGGCUUUCAUUUAUAGAAGUUCACAGAGAUAAAAAUGUACUAGAUCAUUUUCAUAGAUCACUUUUUGUCUACGUUUCAAUCCCAACCCUCCUUUUAGGAACAAUAGACAGAUACUUGCUUUAAAAGCCAAGAAAAUCCAAUUUUUUCUGAUCGAAUAUCGGAAAAAAACUUCAGCUUUGAAAGCCUGUAAACAAACCUGUAACUGCUAUCCAAUGGCUGAAUAUUUAACUACACUUUCCGACUUUAAAAACCUGCUCCGUAAAAGAUGAUGUUGGCAAGAUGGUUUUCACAGACCGUCAGCUGUAAAGCACAGCGCCCCCAGCUCACGAUACCUGUCUGUUCCUGUGGGGUCAGUCCAGUGUGAACUACAUUCAUGAAUUGCAAAGAGACUCCAAACCCGGACUGUCUGCUUUAAGGGUUACAUGAGAUAUUUGGGACUCUGAAGAUGAAGAGAAGGACUUGAACUUAUUUAUUAAUGAAGACGGUUUCAUUUAAGACAAAACAAACAGCAUUUCCUUGCAUGUCAAACAGUAAUAAACUAAAAAAAUAACCGCUGCACUUAAAGCAUUUGUUACCUACAGGCUGCAACUUUCACAAAUCAAACAUACAAUGCACGUUUUGUUCUUCAAGAAAGAACAUUUCAUUUCCCACCUCUCCCAGAUCACAAAACAAAUGAUGAUGCCACUUGUUACUCAACCAGCUCUGACUCCAAAAUAGCAGGAAACUAUCAGGAAAUGUGGUUUUAAGGCGCCCGCAUGUCACAUAUACAUCCGCUUUGACUUUACUGCCCAUUCAGAUUUGACUGAGCAUUUUAUUUCCCCUCAAAAUUACUCUGUAAAUGAGUUUCUCCUGCACUUAAUUCAGGCUUUUUACCAAACAUCAGUUUUUACUCUCAACAUUUCUAAUCCAAAACAGCACCUGAGAGAAACAGAACCUGUAAUUUUAUCCUCCCCAGCUGGGCUUUGUUUUCCAACGCCUUAUUUGAUCGAGCAGGUGCACGGUGGAAUAAAAACAGUGAAUACAUUUGUUUCCCUGAACAUGUUCGCUGCUGUAUUUACUCACUUUGGGCUUGGAGUUGUUUUAUUUAAACUCCCCCUGUAGAAAAAUCAGUGCGUGCCACACUCGGAUUAAAGAAAACAUCAGUAAUUUCCAGCUGAGUGACAAGAUGAUUUUGUGGCAGAAAUAGAGCGUUCACACACUCUAGAUGAGGACUUUAAGGGCAGAAAGUCAAUACCCCACGCCCCAAAAAUCUACCCCAAAUCGUUUCCUUGACUUUAAAUGAAGAUUUAAUUGCGAUCGCAGGUGAAGAUGGACUUACAAAUUGAGAUUUAACACUCGGUGCUAAUUGCUGAAAGCUCUUUUUAUCAGUUGAUUACUUCUGAGCGUGGCCUCUGUUGGCUCAAUAAAUGGCUCUGCUUUCAUUACUAGGACACAUUAAAAUAAAAGGCCGGGGAUAAAUCUAUACCCAGACACUUCAAAGAAGACGAGGAGGAGGAAAUAAAGUACCAAGAAAGAAAAUACUCACUUUGAACAGGUUUAAAGGGAACUGUUGAUUGAAAGAGAAGGAGCAUGCAGAUGUGUUUUACUCUAUGGUGGUUAAUUGUCAUGAUAGCACACCUGUAUUUAAAGGUAUUCCAGGCGUCUUACUGCUGACUGAGAGCAUAUUUAGCAUAUUGCAAAGGCUACUUUUUGUAGAAACUAAUACGUUUUGAAGAGCGUGCAUAAAAGAUGUGGAGCUGUAUCAAAGGGCCAAAAGGGAAGAGUGAUCGCAAUUGACAAGAGCAGACAGGUCUGCUCUAUUUCUUUUUAUCUUGUGGUUUCCUUACUCUGUGUUUUUUUUUUCUCUCCUGCCCUCCCCCGGAGGCCUACUUCCUUUUUAUGAAUCAUUUUUUUAGUCAAUCACCGCAGAACAGGGAAGCAGGUAACGGGAAGGGCUUCAGGUGUCUCAGUCCCGCAGAGAUGGGGGAAGCGUUUGAGCUGCCAGCAGCUCCGGAAUAAGUUCUCCCUCCUCUCUUGCCCACCACCGCCGGGGCCAGCAGGAAGCUGGGUCGAAGCAGCCGAGAUGGGCCUUUUAUGUGGAAUGAUGGGCAUUAUCCCUGUGGGGCCCGGCUCAUGCCACCCCGCGGCUGUCAUCCUGAGUGUUUGUAUUCAGAAGCUGCUGGAGCUCUGCUGCGACUGCUACUGCAGGACGUCUCAGCACGAACCUAAUUGGGAUGCUUGUAGACGUUGUGAUUGGGUGAUUUGCAUCAUAGAUUCUGCACUCGAAGCACACUGAGUUUAAAAGUGGAGAUGAUGGCGGUUUUUAGAAGAAAUGUCCUGAUACUAUUUAUAACAUCAUGACACCAAUGAGAAGUGAUGUAAUGCAAGUGCUGGACAGCGAGCAGAGCGGCUGCAAACAUGCUGAGCUAACAUUAGUGGUAGCUCAUCUUGCAGCCCCUCACAUCUUCUGUUCUUGGUCCUGCAUUUUGAACUGUAGAGAGUCUUUUCAGAACCAGCACAACUCUACUUUCCAUCUCUGUUUUGUUCAUUUCUAAUCCGUCUUUCUUCUUCUCUACGUCUUGUUUAGGUCUGGUACAUGGAUGGUUACCACAACAACCGCUUCGUCCGGGAGUACAGGUCGAUGCAGGACUUCAUGACGUCGGACAACUUCACGUCCCAUCGUCUGCCCCACCCGUGGUCGGGAACGGGUCAGGUGGUCUACAACGGCUCCAUCUACUUCAACAAAUUCCAGAGCCACGUCAUCAUCAAGUUCGACUUCCGCACCUCGACCAUCAGCAAGUCCCGGCAGCUUGACUAUGCAGGCUUUAACAAUGCGUAUCACUACGCCUGGGGCGGCCACUCUGACAUUGACUUGAUGGUGGACGAGGGGGGACUGUGGGCCGUCUACGCCACCAACCAGAACGCCGGGAAUAUAGUGAUCAGUAAGCUGAACCCUAACACGCUGCAGAUUGUCAAGAGCUGGACCACCAACCACCCUAAAAGGAGUGCGGGCGAGUCUUUUAUGAUCUGUGGUACACUCUACGUCACUAAUGGCUACUCAGGAGGUACUAAGGUCUACUACGCCUACUCCACCAACUCUUCUACGUACGAGUACAUUGACAUUGCCUUCCAGAAUAAGUACUCGCAUAUUUCCAUGCUGGACUACAACCCGCGUGACCGAGCCCUCUAUGCUUGGAACAAUGGCCACCAGGUGCUCUACAACGUCACGCUGUUCCAUGUCAUCCGCUCAGAAGAACUGUAACCACGGGAAACGGAUUACAUACAAAAAUACAUGUCGUCUGUGUAGAGAUCUCCCUAUAUACGAAAAAUAUAUCUGCGAAAGAAAAAAGACCAUUUUUAUUUAUAAUACCAAGAACCAUGACGUGAAAGACUGCCUCAUCAGAGAAUGCUAACUGGAUUGAAUGUGCAUAUACAUGAGACUGAAAAAAUGUCAAAUUGAAGGGUUUCAUUCCAAAAUGUGAUAUAUUUGUUAUAAAAAAAACAAAGCUUUAUAAGUUCCUUUCACAAAAUCACAGAUGAUUGUUCAAAAAAUAAAACAGCUGUUUUGUAAAUAAAAGGUCUUAAAACGACUUCUAUCUUUAAUAUUUACCCAUAGUGGACUUUAUUUUGAUAGACGCCAUCUUUUUUCUUAGAGGUUUUUUUAUUUUGGAAUGAAACUCUUUAAUUGUUUACCGCAUAGAAAAUGAUUGUAAAAGUAGAUGACUAUAUAGAGUUUAAAAGAGUACGAACAGAUGCCAAAAAAAUAACAUCACGCCUUUUCUUUUUAUAUACCGGAUUAUCAACCGAAGCUCAUUUCAUGGCUCUGGUGCUUCUGCAGAAAUCCUCCCAGCUGAACUUUUCUUUUAGUCAAACGGAGAGAAGAGGGGGGGUCCCGAAACAAAGACUGUUGGUAAUAAACUGUGCGCCCCCCCCUUGUCCUCCCACUUAUUUCCAUGAACAUACAGAGGUAUGGGAGGUGAGUCUUGCCAGAAGCCUUGUUAGCCUAAUGGGUGAAGCCUGUCAUAUCGUUUUUAUCAAGAACAGUAGCAAAUCAAAAGUCUGUAGAGAAACAGCAAAACAAUAACAACAUUCGCUAUAAAAGACCUGAAGGCACUGACUGUUGACAGCGCUGUUGUUUGAGAUGAUUUUCCUGUGUUAGUGACUAUGUGUGAAAAAGGCUUUCUUUGCAUGAGUGUUUUCUAUCACUCCGGUCUGCUCUUCUGAAUGUCUUUUGCUGUAUGAUACUUAUAAAAAAAAAAAAGAGGGAGGGAAGGGGAACAAGGUAGAAUACCUUUGGGAUUCGAGCAUUUGCGACGAUGUUUACUUUUUAUCCCGCUUCUUACUAUUUAGUCCUCGUUUCCGUUUGUUUCCUUUUCUUUGCUAUCGUUUGAUUUCUCAAAUGUUCUUGUAUCACUGUAACUGUUGGCACCGGUUUUGCCUCUCUGUAUUUAUUUAUUUGGACUGUGUGGGAGGAAUCUAUCUAGCUCACAUCUCUCAGAAGUUUAAAAAAAAUAUAAUAAUAAUGAUAAUAAUAACAGAAUGUAUCAAUUGUAUCCCAGGAUCCUGGUCCUCGUAUCUUCGAUUCACAUCAUGCGCCUGUAGUAAGGAGAGCUCCCUGUAAGAGGAUAAUCCUGUCUCAUGUCAUGUUUCUCCCCCCACUGCUAGUGAAGGAUAAUGCUGUUUAAAUGUAUACCCUUACCCAGGACAAAAGCUUUUCACUCUUUUUGCGCUUUGCUGGACAUGUGUUGUAUCUGAGAUGAGAUAGUUAAUGAUUCGUGUCAAUAAACAGAGAAAUCUGAUGCCUGGGAUUGUUGCCUUAAAAAGCCAUGUGA